CAUUCAAUUUGAGAUAGAGGCUAGACAUUUUUGUCUUUUCUUUACCAAGGCUAAUUUUCCUAGAAUUUUUCGGGGGCUUCGACAGAAUUCUUGGCUAUUUUCACCUAAAGGACACUUGCUAGUGGGCAACCAUUGACCAUCUUAUGGGGAAAUUUUAAGAAAUAGUUGGGAAUCUCCCCUCUAGUAUAUCGAAAGACUUUGCCUAUUUUACUGGACGCAUAUAAACUAGUAGAAAACAAUAUAAAGGCAGGGGUUAGUCAGAUAGUGUAUUAUUUCAUCUACUUUUCUCGAGUAUCUGUCGUUUUGAUACCAUAGAAUAUUAGAAUAAAUAAAAAGUUGUUUUGAGGACUUCCGUAUUUUACAGCAACAAAGAGUAGUCCCUUCACCGGCUGCCUUUUUCUAUGGCACUCCGCCCCGUGACUGCUUCAGUGAGGACUUAACUAUGAAAGGCGGUUGUUGACAAUGUUUUCUUGGAAGUAUUCCGGCAUCGUAAACUUUGGAUAAUGUCAAUGCAUUUACAAGAUUACACUGAUGAUCCUACAGAUCUUUCCUUUUUUGUUUAGUGGUGAAGUGUGACAAUAAACUUCAGGUGGAAUGGAGAGCUAUUUAGGUAUUCACAUUUAAUUUAUGGAGAACUAUUUAAUGUAAUUUGAUAAUUAUUUUGCUUGGUAAGAGGCAGUAAAAAGUAGGAGGAUUCUAGGAAAGGGUUCCUCUUGCAAGAGUAAAUUUCUUGGCAACAGAUUUUUCUCCCUGAAAAGGCCUUCUAUUUUAUGCUUUUUUAUUUAUUCAGUUGCGGCUUUUAAAUAAACCUCAAAGCCAUGUCUUCUGUUUCGCAGUUUUCAAAAAAGGAAUGCCUCUGCUGUUCAAUCAAUAUUUAUAAUGAUUCGUCAGUGUUCAACCAACGAAAUAAUUCCGAGUGUUGACUAAGCCUAGUCAUAAAACAUUAGUUUUAACAUUAGUACAAACUCAAGAAGAAUGCAUAUUAUUGUCUGUAUGUUGUGACCGCCUUUGGUGGCUUGGUACAGGUGUGCAUGGGACGAAACUCGCUGUAAAAAGCAGUGGAAUCCCGAUAUAACCAACUCUGAAGGGAACCAGUUCGUUAAACCGAAGGCUAAGGUUUUUUUGGUUCCUUUCGCAGUUCACGCCUUAAAAAACCUGCGGUGGGCUUUAUAAAGCUAUCUCCGACCACUGUGCACAUUUAACUCCAAAAAACCAAUCUGAAUUCAAACAAUACAACUGGCUGGUCAUUGAAAAUGAAAAUCUUAAUGUUCCUUUCAUAAUUUGGGACCAAGGGAUUGGCAAAGCUGGUAUCACUUCGCUCCUAGUUGGUGCCUGAAUGAUGUCUUCGAUUACUUUACCUCAAAUAGUAAGAUAAAUAAGGCACAACUUUAAACCCGUUUUUGUUUUAACCCGGGCUAGUGGAAAGGCUGCCUAAGAUUGAUGUAGAUUGUUCUUUUUCCUCGCGUCCCCAGGAAAGUACCAAGGAACAUAUUUUUUGUCCCCAGCUCAAACAGAUUUAGCCGCCACUGCCGUAUUUACCUGCUAUCCACCGUGCAGAAGAAGCUCACCGGGCUUGUUAAAAAGGUUGUUGAGAAAACUUGAAUGUUAAAUCUCCACCUCUUUCCAUAUGAAAGGAUGAGCGUAAUAUCUUAGGGUUAGAAAAUAGGGCAGGUUACAUUCCGUGUUUCCUCUACGCCGAAGGCUGGCCAGGUAAAUCCCUGGCGUAACCACCUCAUUUUUCGAAUUGCCAAAAAAAUAGAUAACAGGUCAGGAAACAUAAGUCGCGUGGCACUGAAUUGGUGAUGAGGAUAGAAAUAUGAUACGUUUUCUGCAACUGGGGCCAAAGGCUGCGGUCCAGACAUUAGGUUUAUAGUCAUGCUUUUCAAAGCUCGUGCAAGAUAUAGUUUAGUGUGGGUCUUGACUUGAAGUAGUUGUUAAUUUCUCGCAAAUAGGAAGGCUGCCUCGUUGUAUUGGCGAAGAUGCCAAAGUAUUCAUUUCAAGACCCACAGGAGGCAAAAAGCACUGCCGAUCUUGUGUCGACUAGCCAGGUUUCACUUGCUGCCGACAAGCAAGGAUGCCUUCCUGCUAUUACCUCGAAAAUAGCUGUAACUACCAAACGGACAGUUGGUCUUUUUGGUGCAAUCUCGCUCAUCAUAGGAACCAUGAUUGGUUCAGGAAUCUUCGCAUCAGCAAGGACCGUAGCUUCGCUUUCAGGAUCUGUGGGAAUGCUGCUUGUCGUAUGGACUUGUUGUGGAGUGAUUGCCACGUUAGGUGCGCUAUCGUAUGCUGAAAUGGGCACCAUGAUACGAGAGUCAGGUGGAGAGUAUACGUAUCUUAAAAAAGCCUUUGGCCCGUUGCCUGCAUUUUGCUUCGCGUGGACCAGCGUGUUAGUUUUGAAACCAUCCGCAAUUUCAGCCAUCUGUUUGACUUGUGGUAAUUAUAUCAUAGAGGCAUUUUACCCAGCGAUUCAAGAAUGCUAUCCAACUGUCAUCCCCAAACAAAGUCUCGCAAAAAUGUUUGCUGCUUUGACAAUAGGAAUUAUUUGUUUCAUCAAUUGUGCAAGCGUCAAAUGGGCAACCAGGAUACAAGUGAUUUUCACUGCUGCAAAAUUGGCUGCCAUCGCCUUGCUGAUUAUAACUGGAUUGGUUCGACUAGGCCAGGGUUACAAUCAAAAUUUUAAGAAUGCAUUUGAAGGUACAACUACCAGCAUUUCGGAUAUUGGCUACGCUUUUUAUGGCGGCCUAUGGGCCUAUGACGGAUGGAACAACUUGAAUUAUGUUACAGAAGAGCUCAAGAAUCCUUUACGAGAUCUACCAUUGGCAAUAAUAAUAGGCAUCCCAUUGGUGACUGGUUGCUAUGUCCUUGUAAAUAUUGCGUAUCUUACUGUUUUAACUCAAGCACAAAUAUCUACAUCGGGGGCUGUUGCUGUGACUCUUGCAAAUCAAUUGUAUGGUGUUAUGGCAUGGGUGAUGCCUGUAUUUGUUGCAUGUAGUACAUUUGGCGCUGCCAACGGAUCAGCCUUUACCGGGGGAAGGUUAGUUUAUGUAUCAGCUAGAGAAGGACAUAUGCCCAAAAUGCUGGCACUCAUUCACAGGAGAAGACAUACCCCAUUACCUGCGUUAGUUUUUACAUGCAUCAUUGCAUGGAUCAUGUUGAUUCCAGAUUCAAGCAACUUUGACACUCUUAUAAAUUACUUUUCAUUCGCUGCAUGGACCUUUUAUGGUGCUACAGUUGCUGCCCUUCUUUGGCUGAGAUUCAGCAAGCCUGAUUUAGAGAGACCUUACAAAGUCUUCAUUGGAUGCCCGGUCAUCGUUCUUCUGGCAUCAGUCUACCUCGUUAUCGCUCCCUUCCAUGAUUACCCCCUGGAAUCAUUCUAUUGUUUAUUGUUCAUUCUCAUGGGUAUUCCAGUCUACUUUAUCUUCGUAAAGUGGAAGAUCCUGCCCAAGUGGUUCCUCAACUUCAUCGAUGCUGUUACAUACAAAGUUGAGGCCUUGACAGAUUCGGCAUUCACAGAACCAGACGCCAGUCACGAUGAAUAAAGUCUACAAAGGUUUUACCAACUUUAGCUGAAUACCUUGAGUUAAUGGAAAAAAUCUAGAUAUUUUUCCGAAUGGGAUCGGUAUUAAAAGUCCGGAAGAAUUCUAGUUCUUCUGACUAAGCUGUUUUUUGCUGCCUCCAAGGUUUUAAAAUGUUUGCCUUUAGAAAUGUUAUUGCCAAAGCAAAAAAAAUUCUUUCAACUCUGAAUAAAAUUAUGAUUAGAACUAGACACAAUCAGAACUAGUAUAAACAAUAUAUGUUGCUUUACUUUGCACUGAAAUAUUUCUCGCAACCACUUUUAAGAACUAGAGCAAAAUGAAUUUGCAAAAUACCCUGCGAUGGAGAUAUUAGCAUGUGACUUCAUGGCUGUAGGUAAUGCUCUUAAUAUUUCUGCUAUAUAUUGUGUAAAUAGAAGAAAAAAAUUUGAAUUUCACGUGAUUUUUCAUAUACCUUUGAAAUUUAGCCAACUACAUAUGCGAAGGUGUAUGCAAUGUUUAUCCUCUAAUCAAAGUAAAUUUCACGAGUAGAAAUUGUGUACAUGGUUUUGGUUCGUCUUGUAUUCAACAACUUAUUGCUAAUUGUGAUUGUACCACACCCUCAUAAUGAAAAGUUAACCUUUUGCAAUAUGAAGCAUUUAUUCACAUAUCAUGUCCCACCCUCAAUGAGCAUCCCACAUUUUCAGUAAGCAUUUUAUUGCUGAAAUAUUACUGUACGUAAAGUUUUUCUCUGGAAGCAUGUAUGUAUGGAGGGAGUUGCUGCUUUAUCACCACUCCAAGAGCUCUCCUGAAGUCAUUGUAGGCUGUUUUAUAUCUCUUUCAGGUGCAUCCAAAAAUUAGCAUAUCCCUAAAAUCUAGAUUUUUCUCUAAAAUAGGAUUCAGCCAACCUUGUACUGGUUUUUCUGGUACCUUUUCGAGACAGCUAGUAUUUGAUCCAAGGUCCAGAUAUCAAAUUUUUUCCCCAGUAGCUGGCCCAAUAGACACUUGGGCUUCCUCAUAUUAAUUUCACAAUUUAUUUUUGGGCACCAAAUAGUUCUUACUUAAUUUAAUUGGUUUUAGAUAUUUUUAGAUAUGAUUUUAAAUAUGCUGAUGUCAGUUGUUGCUAAAAAAGACUCGACAGUAUUUCACUUUUUGUCUAGUCUUGUUGUUAAAACUCGUGUAAAAAUUAAUGUGUUUAAAAUGAGGAAAAAUAUCUAGAAAAUGUAUUGUCGUUAUACCAUUGAUGAGAGUAAAUUUGUCAUCUUUUAUAGUUUAUAACGAAACUGUUCAAAGGAACCUGGAA